AUGGUGACAACAAUGGCGAUGAAGGUGAGCUUGGAGGGGAAGAGAGUGGUUUUGGUUCCGUACAUGGCGGAGCAUGUUCCUAGGUACCACAAUUGGAUGCAGGACUCGGCGCUUCUCCAAGCCACUGGAUCUGAACCGUUGAGUCUUGAGCAGGAGUAUGAGAUGCAAAUCUCCUGGACUCAAGAUCCCAAUAAGCGGACUUUCAUUGUGCUGGACAAGGAUUUCAUAAAGGGAGAAUUGGCUCAUGGUGAACCUCAUGAAGAAGCCAUGAGUGGUGAUGUGAACAUUUACAUGAACGAUGUGGACGAUCCUAAGGUGGCAGAGAGUAGCCGUGGUAAAGGAUUAGGAAAGGAAUCUGUCUUGAUGAUGAUGGCUUACGCUGUCAAGAACUUGGAGAUUCACAAGUUUACAGCCAAGAUUGGGGACUCAAACACAGCUUCCCUCAGCUUAUUCCGCAAACUUGUACAAUCACUCUGUUGUCUUAAGAUGUUGUAUGGUUUCGAAGAGUCUUCUUACAGUGGUAUCUUCAAAGAGGUUACACUCGAGUUUACGGUGACAAGUCUCCGUCGAGCAGAGCUCUUGAAGUUGUUAGCUGAUGUCAUUACGCACACUUAUUCAUCGGACAAUCCAUCGGAUUCGCUGCUAACGGGAGAAGCUAUUGCAUAG